CUCGAUUUUCCUUUAUCCCAACCACCGCCGCCGCCACUCUCCGCCACCGAAAAUCUUACCUGUAAACAUGACAAUUGUGGAAAGAGAGAGUCAGACUUCCAGGCGCCUUGGGCCGGGCCCAUCGGUGAGGCCCACACGCGUCCAGCUGAGGACGCUCCUUCGCGUCGCGUCGGUGGCCGGUGGCAUCCAGUUCGGCUGGGCCCUGCAGCUCUCCCUGUUGACGCCAUACGUGCAGGAGCUCGGCAUACCCCACGCCUGGGCUAGCAUCAUCUGGCUGUGCGGGCCGCUAUCGGGCCUGAUGGUCCAGCCACUUGUCGGACACUACAGCGACCGGUGCACAAGCCGAUUCGGGCGCCGCCGUCCUUUCAUCCUCGGCGGAGCACUGUCCAUCGUAGUCGCCGUUUUGAUCAUCGGCCACGCGUCCGACAUUGGGUGGCUCUUUGGGGACCGAGGGCCUAAGAAAAUUCGCGCGGUCGUGGCGUUUGUGAUCGGAUUUUGGCUUCUUGACGUGGCCAACAAUAUGACGCAGGGCCCGUGUCGUGCUCUCCUGGCUGAUCUCACGGGAAAGGACUACAGGAGAACCCGAGUGGCGAAUGCGUACUUUUCCCUAUUCAUGGCUGUGGGCAACAUCCUCGGAUUCGCCACCGGGUCCUACAGUAAAUGGUUCAAGAUUAUGCCCUUCACCCUCACCUCCGCUUGCAGCAUAAACUGCGCGAAUCUAAAAGCAGCAUUCAUCAUCGACAUUAUCUUCAUUAUCAUAACCACAUAUAUAAGUCUAUCGGCAGCCCACGAGCAGCCGCAGACUACAUCUGACCUAAACUCCCCACAUCACGGCGAACAAACAUCUCGUGCUUCCCAUGAGCACGAGGCCUUUCUAUGGGAACUCUUCGGAACUCUUAGAUUUCUCCCCGGACCCGUUUGGGUAAUCCUUCUCGUGACUGCCCUCACUUGGAUUGGGUGGUUCCCAUUCCUUCUUUUCGACACAGAUUGGAUGGGCCGCGAGAUUUACGGAGGGAGUCCGAAUGAGGGGACGAGCUAUAGUGUUGGUGUGAGGAUGGGUUCUCUAGGCUUGAUGCUGAAUUCAGUGGUUCUUGGGGUCACUUCGCUGUUUAUGGAGAGGCUUUGCAGGAAAUGGGGCGCGGGCUUCACAUGGGGUGUCUCGAAUGUCCUCAUGUCGUUGUGCUUUGUGGCCAUGAUUGCUGUUGCCGCUAUACGAGGCACUAUGGAUCUUGACGGACGUCUUCCUCCUGAAGGCAUCGUUGUUUCUGCUUUAGUCGUGUUUGCGGUUCUUGGUGUCCCGUUAGCUAUAACAUACAGUGUUCCAUAUGCAUUGGUGUCUACUCAUAUUGAAGCUUUAGGCUUAGGCCAAGGGUUAUCUAUGGGGGUCUUAAAUCUGGCAAUUGUGAUCCCACAGGUAAUUGUGUCCCUUGGAGCUGGGCCUUGGGAUCAACUAUUUGGUGGCGGUAACUCGCCGGCUAUAUUUAUUGCCGCAAUUUCUGCACUCACCAGUGGGAUUAUAGCCAUCUUGGCUAUUCCUAGAACAAGGGUUGACAGAAACAGGAACCGACAAGUUUCAAGUGGAGGGCAAUCUAUGGCUCCUGGUAACUGGUUGCUGCUGUAUUGGCCUGGUGAGUGUAGAAGAGCUAUUUUGAGGUGCUCUCGAAUCAGCAUUGGGGAGCUGUACAUGGACACUUUUCCUAGUAUGAAACCAUUCAUGUCUUCAACAUUAUCCCUUUUGUAAGGUGCCCUUCUUUAAUCAUUUGGUCAGUGAUGUAAUUGAACUGAGAUCAACUUUAGAUGGGUGUGAAAAUUUUUGUAUUGGCUUGACUAAUGAAUUUUGACAUGAUAAACAUUUUACACGUAUACUAAAAACAUGAAUGUGCAUCCAUUCUUCUGUGUUUCACUCAGUAGAACACUGUUUCUUCUGCACACACCUAUAAAAUAAAACAAGUUUAGAUAUAUAUUGUCUCAACUUUAAUUAGUACUUUUUCUGAAUGUCCCUCGCUGAUCAGAGAGUAAAAGGUUUUCUGAUUAAAGAUUAAUUGUAUUUCAUGAUUAAGCUGUAGCUUGCUUUCAGAAUGGUGAUAGUGAUGUUGUGGUAAUAGCAAAAAUGAUGACUGUACUAAUAUAGCAACUUAAGAUUAGGAGAAAAGUGAAGUUAAAAUAU